AUGGUCGCCAUCGACCCCGACGAGCCCACCGAGGAGGAGCAUAAAAGGAGAAGCAUCACGAAGCUGCGUUACAUGCAGUUCCGCGAGGGGGGGAGCAGCUCCGCCCAGCUCGGCUUCCGGAUUGAGGCCGCCAAGAUGCCUGGCGGUUCACUCCAAAAGAACUUCAAGAAGGUGCGGAGCUGGGAGGACGUCUCGGCGACGAUGCGCGAAUUCUUUGGCGCAGAUGUGAAGCGAGUUCGUCAGGCUAUCCUAAACCGACUCAUCAAGAUGCGAGACGCCGUCGAGCACAGCGAGUUCUUUGCUGCACAUGAGGUGGUGGGCAGCUCUCUUCUGUUGAUGUACGACAGAGAUCAAGUGGGGGUGUGGGCGAUCGACUUCGCCAAGUCAACACGGAUAGAGGUUGGGAGGAGGUUGAGCCAUCGAGACACGUGGACACCCGGGAAUAAUGAGGAUGGAUAUCUGAUGGGGAUUGAUAAUCUCAUACAGAUUGUCGAAGACCUAAAUGCCGAGGAU